GUCCAUUCUUCGUUGGUCGCCGUAAGUUUCAGUCUUUUGCUUUGGAAAAUCAGUCACUCCAUUUAAAUAGUAGCUUGAAUAGUAAGAAAAAAAUAUUUUGAGUGCUGACCAAACAUACCGGCGAUGUCCAAUAAAGUUAACUGCCCUAUCUGUAACAUCUCGGUACCCGAGGGCGACAUCAACCUCCAUCUCGACCUCAAAUGCAAAGGGGCUCCCCCAGCUGAAUUAUCUACUCCACAACAAGUAUUCGAUUUCACGAGCUCACUACAUCCGAAGACCCAACCAUCAACCUCCCAAACCUCUCCAUCGACCCAUCCCGGGAGCAGUCAAAGAGCGAGAGCUAGCCAAGCGAACUUAGAUGAGCGGAGGGCAUCUGUGGGGGCUGAUGGGAAGAAGAAUAUAGCGCCAGUUUUUCAAACGCAAGGAGCUGUUACGAAGAGGAAAGCGGAGGGGAAGGAAACAAAAGUGAUUGGUGGUGAUGGAUUUGGAGGGGGUAAGGGGGCGAAGCAACGGCGGGUGAAUCCCUUAGCUGCUGCUCAACCCUUGGCGGAACGAUCAAGACCUUCAGAGAUAUCACAGUAUAUCGGACAGUCAGAUAUAGUCGGUUUAGGAAGUCUGUUACGGGUCCAAAUUGAAGCAGGCAAGCUGGUGGGGAGCUGUAUACUAUGGGGACCACCAGGGUGUGGGAAAACAACGUUGGCCAGGCUGAUUGCAAAGUCUUCUGGAGCAGACUUCAAAGAACUUUCCGCGACAAGUUCGGGUACUCAAGACGUUCGGCAAGUUUUUGAAAAGGCUAAGAAUGGACUGCAGAUGACUGGAAGACGGACUGUUCUAAUGAUCGAUGAGAUACAUCGAUUUAACCGUGCCCAGCAAGAUCUGCUACUACCUUACGUUGAAAAAGGUUGGAUACAGCUUAUAGGGGCUACCACCGAAAACCCUUCAUUCAAGGUCAACGGUGCUUUGCUUAGUAGAUGCCAAGUGUUUACAUUACACGCCCAUUCUCCUGAAUCCCUUCAAAUUAUUCUACGCAAUGCCGUGCAAACCAUCUCUGAAUCCGAACCCAUCCCUUAUCUCCCAUCAGGGCUCAUCCCUUUCCUUGCGGAUGUUGCAGAUGGUGAUGCCCGUCAAGCACUUAACGGUCUCGAGCUCGCUCUGCGCACGUGUCAAACAAUGGACGAGACUGCCAGCGCGGAAAAAGCACAACGGGUCAAUUCCGCCAGUGGUGAAAAAAUGGAAAAAGAGGGGCAAAAAGACGAGUUCGAUGCGGCGGUUGAGGAAGCGGAGGAGGACUAUCAGAAGAAGAAGAGAGACGAGGAGAUUAUGGAUGCUGUGAGGCGAGGAUUGCAGAAAGGGUAUAAUAGGACGGGAGAAGAGAGAUAUGAUAUGAUUUCGGCGCUGCACAAAUGCUUGAGAGGAUCGGACGGAAGUGCAGCAAUGUACUGGCUGGCUAGGAUGAUUACCGGCGGGGAAGAUCCCUUAUACAUAGCCAGAAGGUUAAUCGUAGUGGCGAGUGAGGACGUAGGCCUGGCAGAUAACCAUGCGCUGCCACUGGCUAUGGCUACAUAUCAGGCUUGUCAAACGAUCGGUUUGCCCGAAUGUCGAAUUAAUCUUGCCCAUUGCGUCGCAUAUCUGGCUGAAGCUCCCAAGUCAACAAGAUCCUAUAAGGCUUAUGCUGCAGCAGAACAGCUGGCAACUAUGCCGCCUUUACCUGGCGUUCCUUUACAAAUCCGCAACGCUCCUACCCAACUCAUGAAGAAGUUGGGUUACGGGAAGGAAUAUGCGUACAACCCAGAUUAUGGUCAUCCAGUUCAUAAUGACUACUUACCUGAAUCCCUUCUGCAACAUUCUUCGCACUCUCAUGAUCCAAGUCAACACAUUCUCAAGACAGCGGACCAGUUUGAGGCGGACAAGAAAUGGGACGAGGAGCAUCUUGAUGAGUGGGAGAGGGUGGUGAACGACGGUGUAGCUUGGGAAGGGAGAUAUGAGCGAUUUGGUGAGAUAUAAUGGUGUCAACGUUAGAGUUUGAGCCUCAGCUUAUAUCUGGCCCCCGGCGCGGGCCAUGUGUCGGAGUUGAGGAAUAAGGCGACUGACUGUCCCUAAGUAUAUUUGUAUUGUAGCCCAACUCGAGCAUUUAUGCAUCUUAGUCAGUAG